AUGUACAAGCUACAAGUGGUUUUGGUGCCUCCGAGUCUUCAGGCGACGACGCCAAUGCAGUUUGGCUACGGACCAACCAUCGCCGAAUCUUCCCAAUUGCUGCCAAACAGAACUAGCAUCGCACAAAGUGCCGGGGACGCCUCUCUGCAGUAUGCAAACUUGAGAUCUGCUAAUGUGAGUUUCUCCCCUACUUAUUUCAGUCAGUCGAGGUUUAAGAAGUUUCUUAUAUUUACUAAGCCAGCAAGUACGCUGUUGGAGUUAAGUGAUGAAAUUAUUGGUAAGUGUGAAAAAAUGUAUCCAAGUCUGCAGGAGGAUAUUGAGGUCCUGAGUUUGCAAGACAACAGUGGUUGUGAUCUUGACCCCGAUUUCUUGGUCAAAGAUGUUUUCAACAUCAAUAAUAUCGUGAGAGUUAUAUUAAAGAACGAGAUAGAUCUGGACGAGUCCGCACCGGUAUCGCUUUAUAGGUCGGUGAAACGAUCUAAACUGAACAAUGGUUCGCCUCAGUCGGUGCAACCGCAGCAAUCGCUUCCCUCCUCUUCUGGUGUUCUUAGAAUUGCAAAGAAAAGGCCACCAACAGGAACCACAACAACAACAACCAUACGCAGCGCAACUAAUGGAUCUAUGAGAAUUUCUACUCCAUUGGCUAGACAAAUAUACCCUCCACCUUCUUCGAAGAUUAUCUCCAACAAUUCGGACGAUGAAGACGAAGACGUUGGUGAGAGAUCCUUUUUGCCGCCUCCUACACAGCCCCAGUCACCUCCUAUAAGAAUCAGUUCAGGAAUUGAUACAGGUAAAAAAAUUAAGUCAAGUAUCAUCGAGGAAGAUAUUGUGUCCAGGUCGGAAACCGUGGACCCCGAUAAAUCAAAGCAGCAACGGCUUUUGUCUGGGACCCCCAUAAUGUCUACUAUGACCCCAAAUAGAGUAACUCUUACCGGUCAAAGAGUCGUGUCUGAACACGCACACAAGAAUGAAUUGAUUUUUUCAGCUUCAACUUCUUCUUCUUCUUCUUUGGCUAAUAACGGAGCCGCCGCCACGGUAGUCGUCACAGGCCAGGACUCUCAUAGGAAACCGCCCGUAACUACUCCAAGAAUAACAUCGGGAAUGUUAAGAAUCCCUGAGCCAAGAAUUUCAGAGAUUGAAAAAGAGUUAAAAGAGGGACCUUCCAGUCCGGCUUCCAUCUUGCCUGCUAAGGCUACAAAAAUUCCAAUGAAAAAGCCUUAUUUGGAAAAUGGUGACGACUAUGAAUCGGACGUGAGCUCAAGCAGCGAAAAUCAAGAAACCCCUGAGACAGAGCCACAUUCAAAGGCUUCAUUGCAACGUAGCCAAAGCUCAAUUGCAGAUAAUAAUGGUUCUCCCGUGAAGAAUAGUCCUCUUGGUGAUGCCAUGCCACACAAUGUUCAUUUAGCGGAACUUCCUAAGGCAGGCGGUACCUCCAUCAGUAAAUUUUCAAAUAAAGAAUCCUUGGAAAACCAGCAAGAAGAACAACCGCUGAGAAAGAGUUCGCUGGAAACUAUAGUUGAGAAAAAAUCGCAGGCAGAUCCCUCUAAUGUGGUGGAGUCAAGAAGAAUGGAUGGUUUCCCAGACGAUAGUCACGGGAGAGGAAAAGAAGAGUCGAAUGACAAACUCUCGCAAAAAGAAAACUUACCAACAAUUUCUCGUAAUAAUAAACCAAUGUCUGCAUCCUUCAAUAAGCCUAAUGGGAAGGAGGACUCGUUAGGCAAAAAAGUUGCUAUGAGCCAUCGCGUACCAAAAGGAGAUGGCGCAAAUCUCAAUAAUUUCAUUGAAGGUGAUGAUAACGAUGAUGAUGAGGCAGACACCACCGUACGUAUUGUUCAUCAAGAUUCUGAUUCUUCUACUUUCGCAAAGUCCGACCUUUUUAAGAUGAUCGAAGGUGAUGAUACUGACCUACCGCAAUGGUUCAAAGGUAAAAAUUCGAGAAAAGUAUUUACUUCCGGGAAUUCCAGAAAUUCAAAACCUUAUACUACAGUUUUGAAUAAGGACAUAGACAAUUCUAAGCCAGACCCAAGAAAUAUACUACCUCAAAGAACACCAAGAAGUGCGGCUAAGAGGGCCGCCCAAUUAUUGGCGGGCGCUAAGAAAAACGAGGCUCCAAGAAAAGUCACUGAAGAUUCUAGCUCAGCAGCAUCUACUGAUGAUGAAUCAGAAAGUGGCAUUGAAACGGAUGUGUCAUCAGAUGAUGGUCUUAGAAGAAAAAAUCAGUCAGUGACAAAGAAUGGGCCAAAGGAUAUUUCUUUGCAUUUAUUGAAAGGCAGUGUUGUUCCACCAACAGAUGUGGCAGUAGUUAAUAAAGAAGAAGGUGGCGAAGAAAGAAAUGAUAGAAAGGCUAUUCAAAAAAUGCCUGAGAAUGACAUUAAGCCCGGUUCGAAGACAGGCCACACCUCUAAAAUUUCACAACCUUCAACAGCUGAUAAUGAAAUAAGUGAGCAAAUGGCCAAAAGCUUCUACCCAAAUUCAAACAAGAAACAAAAUGAACGAAACAUGACACAAACCAAAACAUUGCCAUCGGUAUCCUCUCCUACUGUUACUAGCGCCCCUUCGGUAGCUACAAAAGCAACCUCAUCAUCUACUGAGGAACUUAAUCACAAAAAUGCUAAAAUAAAAGCCAAGAAUGAGUCUGCAAAGUCCGAAAAACAACGGAAAGAAACGCCUUCAAAGAUUAGAGAUCUGAAAACCGCUACUACAGAAGCCGAAGAAUCAAUACCUAAGGUAGACAAACAAACGGAGGAGUCCAAAGAAUCAAAAGAGGUACCUGUCAGUAUACGGGAUACCAAUAACACCAAUACGCUGAAUGAGAAUGAAGCCUCCAAAAUCAAUCAGUUGACUCAGAAAAAGGUAAAUAUCAGGAAUCACUCAAAAGAAGGCAAGACACAGCUUGUUAAGCCUAGUGCAAAUGAUAAAUUGAAGGAUUUGAAGGCCAAAUUUACUAAUAGUAAAACAUUCGUGCCACCAGGUAUAAUUUCUCACGAGAAACAUGAUUCUAAUUUAAGAGAUGGUGAUUCUAACUCGUCAGGUUCUUCUACAGAAGAGGAGUCCAGUUCAUCUUCUUCCUCUGAUGAAGAAAUUUCAACAUCAAGAAAAGCCAGAAGAGUUGUUGUAAAUACGCCAAGAGAACCAGUUAGAUCUUCAUCUUCCAAAAUUGAGGCACCCUCUUCGUUGACGACCCAAAGAAACAAUGCCACACCUAAUAAAGUCCCCGUUACAAAAUUGAUGGACAUGUCGUCUCCACCAGCUGUCGAAUCCAAAACCCCUUCAAAACCUUCUAGUAUUCUUCACGAUCUUCCAAGAAAAGUCCGUCCUUCUUUGAGUUCAUUAUCCGAUCUUGUUUCAAGGGGUAUUCCGGAUGUGAAGGAAAAAACUUCCAAAUCAAGUGGGAAGCCACAACCAAAAGCCUCUUUGAGUAGUGAGGAUGAAUCGAGUCCUGAUUCAGAGUCAAACUCUAGCUCUGAUUCCCUCUCUGAUUCCAGUUCAGAUUCCAGUAGAUCUAAUUCAGAUUCAAGUGACUCUAGUGAUUCUUCUGACGAUAGCAAAAGUUUUAUAAGUGCAAAAUCCGCUAGUGCCGCUUUAGGUAAAAAGAAGAAACCUAGUGGUGGAUUUGCAUCCUUAAUAAAAGAUUUUAAGAAAAAAUGA